AUGUGCUGCUUUUCCGGUUAUGCGACAUCUCGAUCGCUAACGAAUGUCACACAAUGGAAAGCCUCGCCAGCACUCGCCAAUCAGUCAUCACUUUACUCAUUUGCUUUACGGGAAGUGAUUGUCGCUACUUAUGCGCUGCUCGCUUCGGUGUUCUUCUUUGUUGCGGCCGUACAACGAAACUAUGGUCUCGUCAUUGCAUCGGCUGUUAUUCAGAUCAUCUGCCUAGUUGCUCUGAGUCAAUUGCUCAGUCCAUCUCGACUCAGCGCAGUACUAGUCAAUUCUCGUGUUCUUGCCAUAGACAACAGCUCAUACCCUGUUGCCCAAGUCAAGUCGUCGCAGACUGAGUUGCCCUUGAUCCUCACAGAUGAAACAGAUGAACUAAAACCAGAUGGAACGAACUUCCAAGUGAUUAUCCAUUUCAGCGUUGUACUCCUGUAUUCAUUCAUCGUCACACUUCUAUUUGUGAUCUCGACGCAAUUUAUAGCCACAGUAAUCUCGCUUCGAAGUCAUUCCACGACCAACACCUCUACGUCACAUAAUGUCUAUCCUCAGCAGAGAACGAGUUUUUGA